AUGAAGCACCAACCCCCCCAAGUCGAAGACUACAACUCCGAAAACACAACCCCUAACCCACUACCAUCUACUGAGAAGCGCAAGCGCGACUCGAAGAACUACAAGCAAAGUCAAGAGCAAACACCCGAGCUCGAGGCACAGCAGCCACCCAGUAAAGCAACCAAAUCUGAAGCACCGGCUGAAGAUGGAGAUGCAGAGGAACCGGAAGAUUCGGAAGAACCGGAAGAACCGGAGGAUGAUGUAGAGGAUGGAGUGGACGGAGAGGAUGAAGUGGACAGAGAAGAGUACGAGGAUUUCGACGAAGGUGAUGAGGGUGACGAGGAACACGGAGAAGAAGGCGACGAAGGAGAAGACCAACAAAACAGUACCGUGGACGAACCCAAAACCCACAAAGUCAUUGAAGAAUUCGGCCGCGCGCCUCUUGACCGCACACCGUUAGCCGAAGAAACCCUCACAGCGGCCCCGGAAACGAUACUUGCGAUGGCUAUCGACGCCAUGCUGAAAUCGCGGCCGAUCUCUCAUGACUUAACGCAGCGGACAGUGAGCCACAUUAUUGAGGUUGGAUACCAUGAUAUUGAGAAUCUGGGGAAGAGUAGCUGGGAUGAACGGACUAUGGUAUUGAAAGAUGGGGGAUAUAAUAGAUAUAGGGAGCAAGGCGCGACGAAUUUGGGGGAUUUGGUCGACUUGGUCGAUGGGAAAUAUGACGGUGACCUGAACAAUCUCCUGAAGAAGUCUGGUAAUAACCGGGACAAAGCGCGAGGCUUGAUCAAGGAAAUCAAAGGACUAGGUGACCUAGGAGCCGACCUCUUCUUCAAUAACGUGCAGAGCGUGUGGCCGUCCAUGGCGCCUUUUGUCGAUGCACGAAGUCUCCAGACGGCAGAGCAAGUUGGUAUCGGUACCGACUUGGAUACGAUCUAUGCUGAGCUUGGCCAAGAUCCGUUGGAGAUGAGCAAGUUUGCUAAUGGGUUGUCCAUGGUGAGGCUGGAGAAGAAACAGGGUGCCAUUGAGGCGUGA